AUGUGGAGAUCUGGAUUGGGUAAUGAGUGUGAGUUUCCUCCCGGAUUUAACAAACCUUAUGAAUCACCACCACAACCACGCCUAUUGGGUUCACAAAGUAACUUUCCUCUUCAUCGUUCUUCUCUUUCUUCUGGACAUUUAAAUUAUCCACCUGAAACUAUAAGCUAUACUGAUGUGCCAUUUUUUUCAACGACUACUUUGCCUUCCACCUCAACCAAUACCUCUAAAAAGCGUAGAGGUCGACCUUAUGGAUCUCGCAACAAAAAGUCUCGUAUGAAUAUCGUUUAUGGAAUGGAUAUAUCUUCACUUAAAUCUCACAUGAUCAACGUGAAUAUCAAAGAGAAUAUUUUGGAGAAGAUUAUAGCCUUUUCUCAUAGUAUCUCAAAAAAUGUAACCAUUAUAUCAUCAAAUGGGACCGUUUCUAAAAUAAGGUUUUCUCAAUCUCCAUCAUCUACUGAAAGUGUGACCUAUGAGGGACUAUUUGAGAUCCUAUCACUGAAAGGUUCUGUGUCUGUUAGCACAAAUAAAAGUGAACAAAAAAUAUAUGGUGGAGUAAAGGGAUCCUUUGUUUCAUUAUCAAAUGGUCGCUCAUUUGGUGGUAAAAUUGACGGUGUUCUGAUUGCUGCCUCUCCAGUUCAAAUAAUACUAGGGAGCUUUUUUUCGGAGGGUCAAGAAGUAGUACUACCCGACCCACAUGAGCCUCCUAUAGAAGGCCCAAGCAAGCCCUCAUCCGCGAUUCUUUCAUCGGAAGGAAUAUUGAUAUCCUAG